ACUUUGAAUGCUUUUCAACCACAGGCACGGCUGAGCCAUUCAGUCUUCAUGCUUCUAUGCUUGAUAUUGUCACUCGAGGAGAAACACGAACAAUACUUUACAAAGGCAUGUGAACACUUUGAACAUGCGCUUGAGGAAGGAAGCCUGGGCAGUGUCGAAGCUCUAAUGCUUAUGGCAUUAUGCCGCCUGAAUAAAGACCAAAGGAACUUAGCAUGGAUUGCUGUGGGUUGUGCGACACGCAUAGCCCAGACGCUCGGCUUGCAUCUCAAUGAAAACCAUUGGGAGGAAAAGUCGCAGCUGGUCAUCGAAAACCGCAGGCGGCUCUGGUGGUCGCUCUACGAUAUGGAAGUGUGUCUUGCAUUCCGUCUUGGUAGAUGCGUAGCCAUUGACUUGGCAAGCUGCAGCGUGGGCAUGCCGUCUGAGACCGUAGGUUAGAAGCUUCAUCAAAGACCUCCUCACUAAUCUGUGCAAGGUGUUCAAUUAUGUUCCAAACUGUCCCCCAAACUAUCACACGGCUGUCUCGGAGCUCAGCAAGAUCACCGGUCUGAUAGUUCAAGAUCUGUAUGGAUCCAGAUCAGCCAAU